ACUACAGAUCUGGGAUUCUGAAGGCCAAGAUAUUCUAAUUUUCCCUCUGUUGAUUGUAUUUUAGUGGAUCACAGGAGGAAGUAGAAUUGCUGCCAAAACAAGCUCGACUUUUUGCCUGGGCGGAUCCUACUGGCACAAGAAAACUUACAUGGAGAUAUGCAGCAACUCUUGGGGAACAUGAUCUGUUAAAGGAUGAAUGUGGACAGUUUCCAUACGAUGCAAACAUCCAGAUACAUUGGGUAUCAUUCCUAGAUGGACGCCAGAGAGUUUUGCUUUUCACCGAUGAUGUUGCCUUGGUUUCCAAAGCACUGCAGGCAGAAGAAAUGGAACAGGCUGAUCAUGAAAUAACCUUGUCUCUCCACAGUCUUGGGCUCUCAUUGGUGAACAAUGAAAAUAAGCAGGAAGUUUCAUACAUUGGAAUAACCAGUUCUGGUGUUGUUUGGGAGCUGAAACCAAAGCAGAAAUGGAAGCCUUUUAGUCAAAAGCAGAUAAUCUUACUGGAACAGUCAUAUCAGAAAUAUCAAGUAUCACGAGACCGUGGCUGGAUUAAGCUAGACAGUAAUUUUGAGGUUAAUUUUGGUAAAGUUCCAAUGGAAAUGCGUCUCCCUGUUCAGUGCCCUAUUAAACGAGACUUUUUAUCAGGAAUUCAAGUUGAAUUUAAGCAGUCUCCUCACCAGAGAAGUUUAAGGGCCAGGUUGUACUGGCUUCAGGUUGAUAAUCAGUUACCAGGUACAAUGUUCCCUGUUGUAUUUCAUCCUGUGGCCCCUCCAAAAUCUAUUGCUUUGGACUCAGAGCCCAAACCUUUCAUUGAUGUGAGUAUCAUCACACGAUUUAAUGAGUACAGCAAAGUCUUACAAUUCAAGUAUUUUAUGGUCCUUAUUCAAGAAAUGGCCUUAAAAGUUGAUCAAGGAUUUCUUGGAGCUAUUAUUGCACUGUUCACUCCAACAACUGAUCCAGAAGCUGAAAGAAAACGGACAAAAUUAAUCCAACAAGAUAUCGAUGCUCUAAACACAGAAUUAAUGGAGACAUCAAUGACUGAUAUGUCAAUUCUUAGUUUCUUUGAACAUUUCCAUAUAUCUCCUGUUAAGUUGCAUUUGAGUCUGUCUCUGGGUUCUGGAGGUGAAGAAUCAGACAAAGAAAAACAGGAAAUGAUUGCAAUUCAUUCUGUUAACCUGCUGUUGAAAAGCAUAGGUGCUACUCUAACUGAUGUGGAUGACCUUAUAUUCAAACUUGCUUAUUAUGAAAUUCGAUACCAGUUUUACAAGCGAGAUCAGCUCAUGUGGAGUGUUGUUCGGCAUUACAGUGAGCAGUUUUUAAAACAGAUGUAUGUCCUUGUAUUGGGCUUAGAUGUGCUUGGAAACCCAUUUGGAUUAAUUAGAGGUCUGUCUGAAGGAGUGGAAGCAUUGUUCUAUGAACCCUUCCAGGGUGCUGUUCAAGGCCCUGAAGAAUUUGCUGAAGGAUUAGUGAUUGGAGUAAGAAGUCUCUUUGGACACACAGUAGGUGGUGCAGCAGGAGUUGUAUCUCGAAUCACAGGUUCUGUUGGGAAAGGUUUGGCAGCAAUUACAAUGGACAAGGAAUAUCAGCAAAAAAGAAGAGAAGAGAUGGGUCGACAGCCUAAAGAUUUUGGAGACAGCCUGGCCAGAGGAGGGAAGGGCUUUCUGCGAGGAGUUGUUGGUGGAGUGACAGGAAUAAUAACAAAGCCUGUGGAAGGUGCCAAAAAGGAGGGAGCUGCUGGAUUCUUUAAAGGAAUUGGAAAAGGGCUUGUGGGUGCGGUGGCUCGUCCAACUGGUGGAAUCAUAGAUAUGGCCAGUAGUACUUUCCAAGGCAUUCAGAGGGCAGCAGAAUCAACUGAGGAAGUGUCUAGCCUCCGUCCCCCACGCCUGAUUCAGGAAGAUGGUAUCAUUCGUCCAUAUGACAGACAAGAAUCUGAGGGCUAUGACUUAUUUGAGCAAGAACUGGAAAUACAGGAGUAAAUGUUUCCUAUACUACUACUUGAUUUCAUCCUUAAAACUCAAAACAAACUGUGGUAUUAAUUGUGUGUGAAUUUGAUUGAGAGUCAAUUUUAGUGAAAUUUUCUUUAUGGCUUUCACCUCCCUCUCAACUUUUUUCAGUAAUGACUACAAAUGAAAAUGGUAUUAUAUCUGGUAAUACUUAUACAGGGUUAAGAGAUCCCCAUAAAAAAUAAAAGAAUACAGGAAAUCUCUGUUCUCUAUUAAUGGGAGAAAGACUACUGGGUCCAGAAGUAGACAUUUAUACUAUUAUUUUGAAAAUCUUACCUUUUCAGGUGAUGUUCAUGUGCAUUUCAUGUAAAGUUGAAAAAGGGGAUAGUUGUUAUGUCCAGUCUAAUAAAUAACUUUUUUAUGUUUGUGAGUCCUGAUGAUGGAAUUACACCCAUCUCAGCUUCACAAAUCACUCUAAAUUUGCUCAAGUAUGGGACUAUGAGUGGGGUACAUGUUUUAAUAACUGAACUGAAUUCAUCCUCAAAUGAGAGCUGGCACAUGAAUUUUGAGAAUAUGUUCUUUCAGUGUUUCUAUUUCUCCACACCUCUCCACCGCCACCCCUUGGUUCUUGUGGUGCUAAGGAUCAAAUCCAGGGCUUCAUACACGCUAGGUGAGCACUCUACCAUUGAGCCACAUCCCCAACCCAACCUCUGUUUUUUCUUUUAUAAUCCCUUAGUACUAUUCCUAAAUAAAUAGCAAUAAUUUUUAAUUAUGUUACAUACAUUUUCAGCCUUAAGUAUUUAGAGUUUUAAAAAAAAUUAAUCUCCUUGUUAGUUAUACUUAUUUCAGAAUUGUUUGGUUUACUUUUUAUAAAUAGAAGUAGAAUAUGUAAUUAGGCAAAUUAUGUGGUUUUUGAAUAUGUAUUUAUUUUUAAAAACCAAACCUUUUUUGCUUUUAAAUCCUUAGGGAAGAUUCAUCUUAAUGAGAACAAAAUAAUAAUGAUUAUAAAUUAUCAUUUUAAAAUCAUUACUCCCAUAAGUUAAUUCUGUAAGUUACAUUUGAAUUUCUUUUUAAGAUAUCUUGUCUCACACCUUUCACACUCUCCCCAAAAUUGAAACCAAAGUAAAACUUAGAUUUCUAAUGUGUUGUAAAUUUGAAGAUAGUGAAACUAUCAAUUGGAUUAUGUAUUUUUUGAUAACUGCAAUUAUUUAAAUAAUUAAAUACUUCACAUAUAAAAACAAACACUUUAAAGAAAAAAGAAAGACCAGCCUGUGCUGGACAUAUGGAAGAAAUAUUACUUCUUCCCAAGGGGCUGAGGAUGUAGCUCAGUAGUAGAGUGCUUGUCUAGCAUUCAGAAAGCCCUGGGUUCAAUCCCCUGCACACCACAAAAAAAAAAAAAAAAAGAGAGAGAGAGGUGGAGAAAGAAAGAAAGACUUCUGUAAGAGACCAAGUAUAACAAACAUGUAAGUAUUAAGAGUAGCUGACAGGCUUUUCCUGUGCCUAGGUAAUUGAAGUGAGGCAAGCAGGUCAUGACAUGUACAGUUUUCUAUGAGAAUCAAGCACAAUAAUGAUUAAAGAUGCUUUCUUGAUCAUCACCAAUACUUACCCUUCCCAAGGCUCUUGGAUAAAUGCAGUAAUUUUUUAUUUUCCUGGUGUAUUGCAAUUUAAAUGAGACAACUUUUGGGAAUUUAAGAUUUUUUUCUUAUUGUUUACUUUCUGUUUAUCUCUUUAUGUUACUAAACCUUUCCUUGUGAUUUCCCUUUUUACAAUUAUAUGUCAAUAAGCACAAAACUUCAAGAAACUUUGUUAUUUUAGCUAAAGGUAUAGUCACAUUGUCUACAUAUAGUCAUAUGUAUAGUAGUGUUUAUUAGUUUUUUGCUAAGAUAUUAAACAGCCCUACUGAGCGCUGUGGUGCACACCUGUAAUCCCAGCAACUCAGGAGGCUGAGGCAGGAGGAUUGCAAGUUCUAGGCCAGCCUCAGCAACUUAGUGAGAUCCUGUCUCAAAAUAAAACAUAAAAUGGACUUGGGAUAUGGCUCAGUGGUAAAGCAGCUCUGGGUUAAAUUCCCAUUAACAAGUCAAAAAAAAAAAAAAAAAAGAUUACGCAGCCCUUUACACUGUAUUAUCAUUUACUGAAAGAAAUACAUUGUUUACUGCCAAGAGGAUUUAGUAGCUUUUUUCAUGGGUAGCAAGUGUAGGCAUUUGAUACUUGAGAUAUGUGUUCUUUUUCACCCUUACCCAUCUUGCUAUGAUUGGCUAGUUGGGUAAGGAAAAGUAUUUACUGAUUUUUUUUAAAGCUAUGCUGGAUAUACAGAAGAAAAAAAAGACUCUGACCUUAAGGGACCAUGUAUAAUAAAAUGAGUAAAUAAAAUCCUAGAUCUUAUUGUAAUAUAGGUAUAUUCUAAGUAAGUUAUUCUUUCUGCUGAAUACUGCAUUGUUCUUUAAUACUCAGCUUUUAGGAUUUCUAAAUCAUAUGCCAUGAUGUCAUAGGAUAUGUUCUUCUGCCUGUCUGCUAUCCUAAGGUCUUACUGUUUAUAUUACAUACAAUGCUUAUAUUGCACACCAUGUGGCAAGUUUUUAAAUUUAAUGUCUAUUUUGGUUUAGAUGUUAAUGAUCAUACAAGAUUUGAAAUGGUGUUCAUUGCUUUUUCUUUUAAAUUAUUUUUUUCAUGUUCUUAGAAAUGUUUUACUAGCAUUUAAAGUUCUUGUAUUACCAUCUAUUUUUAAAAUUUUGUAUUUAAUUUAUUUUUUCUGUGGUGCUGAGGAAUCAAACCCAGCACCUCACACAUGCUAGGCAAGUACUCUACCAAUAAGUCAUUAGUGUACUAAUAUACUUAGUACAUUAAUUACUUAAAUACUCUACCACUAAGCCCUUGCAUUGCCAUCUGCUGAGGUAGCCUUACACUGUAUACUUCACUGUUUUUAAUUCCUGACAUUAAAGUUGUUCAUUUUACUAAUAGUAAUGAUGCUCUGAUAAACAUGAUAACAUAUUUGCUUUUUCAUGUUUUGUGUUAUUUACUUAUAAUUAAUUUUAAGAAAUAAUUACUGGAGAAUGGCCUUUUGAAAAGUAUUGUUAAUUUACUCAAGUAGCAUUUUGGGAAAGAGGGGGGUGAAUAUUCAAUCACUGCUGUCAUCAGUGACUGAAUAUCUUAAUCUGAAUCUCAGACUGUAGUGGAUUUUUAGUGUAUGAAAAAGAUGCUUUUCUAAAGUGUGUUAAUGGUGAUAAAUUAUACUUUAAAAACUCUUAAUUUGAAACACAGUAGUCUAAGAACUAAUGGAAAUGCAUAAAAGAUAAAAAGACGGUAGACUUUCUUGUACUUGCAUAUCUAAAUAUUUUAACAUUUAACUUUCAUGCUAAAAAAUACACUAUAUUAUUAUAUUUUCCCCCAUUUUGCUCUUUGAAGAAAUUGAGGCAUUUUAUAAAUAGCAAAAGCUUUUUGCUAAUUCCCAUAGGAGGGCUUGAAACAAGUGACCAUCGCUGUGAAAACUGCUCUUCUGUGAGAUGCAUCCUACAGAUGAGACCCCAGUUUUGUGGGGAUUUCUCUUCCCUGUUCAUGGCUAUUUGUAACUGUCAAAGAAUGACUGGGGACCAGACUUCUUUUAAAAAUGUAUAUUUAAGCAUUAAAAUAAUGUCAAGUGUGCUUUC